AUGGAGGAAAAUGUGAAUAUAAGAGAUGUUGAUGAUGGAGUUCUUAUGAUCAAGAAUAGUUUAUGUCAUAAAAGGGUUCUUCUUGUUCUUGAUGAUGUAAAUCAAUUCAAACAGUUAGAAAAGUUAGCUGGGGAGCCAAAUUGGUUUGGUCAAGGUAGUAGAGUUAUCAUAACAACAAGAGAAGAGCAUUUGUUGAUAAGACAUAAAAUAUAUGAGGAUCGAAAAUUGGAUGAUGAUGACGCUCUUCACCUUUUUAGUUUGAAGGCUUUUAAUAAAGAUCAUCUUGUCAAAGAUUAUCUAAAGAUGUCCAAGCAUUUUGUAAAUUAUGCUAAAGGCCUUCCUUUAGCUGUUGAUGUUUUGGGUUCUCUUUUGUACAAUAGAAGAAAGGUGGAAUGGGAAAGUGAAUGUGAAGCAAUUGAAGGACUUGUCCUUGAACUGGGUAACCAACAUACAUCCAAAGAGGCACAAUGGAAUCUUGAAGCCUUUUCAAAUAUGCCCAACCUUAAAUUGCUUAUAAUUCAUGGUGUUCCCUUUCUGCAUGGUCCCAAACACCUUUCUAAUGACUUAAGAUAUCUUGAUUGGAGUGAAUAUCCUUCAAAAUCUUUGCCAUCAAGUUUCCAACCAGAUGAGCUUGUUAAACUUCUUAUGUGCAAGAGAAAAAUUGAAUUACUUUGGGAAGGAAUAAAGCAUUUUGACAACUUGAAGUCCAUCAAAUUAAACGAUUCCAUAAAUCUCAUUGCAACCCCUGAGUUCAGUGGAGUCCCAAAUCUUGAGAAAUUGAUGCUUGAAGGUUGUAUAAAUCUACUUGAGGUUCACUCAUCUAUUACAGUUCAUAAAAAGCUCACUCUUCUUAAUCUAAAAGGUUGCAAAAACCUUAAUUUCCUUCUAAGCAAGAUUGAAAUGGAGUCUCUUGAGAUUCUUAUUCUUUCGGGUUGUUCAAAAAUUAAGAGAAUUCCAGAAUUUAUGAGAAAUAUAGAAAGUGAUUGCAAAAAACUUGUGUAUAUUCCUGGCAGCAGUUUUAGCUUCAUGUCGCUUGAAGAUCUCAAUGUAGCUGGCAAUUUGAAACUUGACAGACAGUCAAAGAACUUUUUAAGCUUAAACCUUUCAAGCCUAUCACCUGAAAAAUGGAAUCGGCUUUCCAAAAGCCUAAAUUCUAUCCUGGUCUGGGCUCCAGAUCUGGACCAUUUAAAGGGAAUCUAUAAGGAACCCGAAAUACAUUUUGUGGCUACCCUUAGUAUUGUUAUUCCUGGAAGUAAAAUUCCAAAAUGGUUUAAACCUUAG